AUGGCAUCCUUCUCCCUUCUGCCCGCCGAGCUUGUGGAAUACAUUGUAUCCUACCUUCCCCAGCACGACAUCUACGCUGUAUGCCAAAUAAACAAGGGUCUUUUGAAACUCGCCAUUCCUUUUCUGUACCGUCAUGUUGACCUCUUCAUUCCGCCGAACAACAAAUUACCCCGGAUUGAUCGCUUCUGCCUAGCCAUCAUAGACUCCACCCGCAAAGCCAACAACAUCAAGUCGAUACGCCUCGGCCUGUCGCCUAACGGAGAUGUUUCAGUAGGCCAGCGCUGGUUACCACCAGACAAGAACUUUGACGACCAAGUCAUGUUCUGGAAAGCCAUGACCGUGUUGGGUGAUGAGACGUUGGUAGCUACAGGCGACUACCUAAGAGAUGCAAUUAGUAUGCGCGAGUAUUCCGCCUACGCAGCCUUGAUCCUGCUUGUCCUGCCCAAUCUAUGUCAACUGGAUGUAGCAGAUUACAAGUCCGUAACCUUCCACCACCUGCACACUAUCCUGCGUAACCUCGAUCCGGAGACUGCGUGGAACAAGCGAUACCCUUCGCGCAUUCUGCUGAGCCGAUUGUCGAAUAUCAAAAAACUUUCUCUCAUGUUCGACAAUAGAACUGGAGUUGCGUACCAGGGCGAUAACAGCCGCAUGACUCUUGACCACUUCCUCAACAUUCCCAGUAUCGAGACGUUGGAACUUUCCCAUCUCAUGUGGCCCGCUGGUUUACAACACAUCAACACAGCACACCCGCACCUUGCGAACCCCAUACUAGAUCGCUUGAAAGCCACCAACAUCACCACACUCGUCUUCCGACAUUCCGGGGCCUUCACACCGGCUCUACCUUCUUUAUUACAAUGCAUGCCCAAACUACGCUCUUUUACCUACGAAUUCUUCUUCCCUGGCCCCUUGCCCCCCUCGCAUCACCACCAGAUGCUCGAUCUAGACGCGUGGAGCGAACACCUCCGCCGUUUUGCGUCGACGCUACAAGUCUUGGUCAUGAGUGCAGAAUACAGCGACACAUCCGCCUACUUCUUCCAGCAACUGCGCAUCAGCGAGAUGCUAUACGGGUACCUUGACCUCACCGCCUUUACCGCACUGCACACGCUCGAAGUGCCUUUUCCCUUUUUAACAGGCGACGUCGACUUUUCCAUCACAAAGGAGAUUUACCCGUUGUUGCCGCCGAAUCUGCAGCAUCUUGUUCUCCGACCUGAUCUCUCGCACGCACAUCUUCCUUUUCCACUGGAUGAGAGUAUUCUACCACACGGUCUCACGUUCGCCGAGAGCAAAGAUAUGGCGCAGUAUAGAAUGAAUGCACGUAUGGACGUAUCGUACAUGUUCCAAGCUGCACUCUCCCUCCUCGACUUGGCUACUACUACUACAACAUCGUUCCGUUCGCUGUCCGUCUGGCAGCCCGCUGACCCCAGUUUAUCCUGGUUUGACGGCCAGAUUCAGGAUUUUGCUACUACGUGUCGAAAUAAAAAUGUUACGGGGAGGCUGUUGGAACCGAUGUUGUUGAGGUGGAAGAACGGGGCGGAGCAUUGGGAUUUGGUUAGGGAGAUUACGCUGUUUGGGAGUGGUAGUGAGGAGGAGGAGAGAUUGUCUGGGACACGGUCUAAUGUGGUAAGAGAGAGGUUUUGGAGAGGUGAGGGAAGGCUGGGACAGGUGUUGGGGUUGGGGUGUCAGUUUCAUGUUGAUGCUUUGUGUAAGGGGAGAGUCAAGGCACGGCGGUGA